AUGUCGCCGUCGCGCCGACUGCUCGCGUCUUGCGUCCUGGGCCUCGCCUUCACCGUCCCUUCGGCACGGAGCAGCAACGAUGAUUCUCAAGCGCCGCUGGGCAGACAUUCCGACGCCUGCCCUGACUACGCUUCCUACGCAGCGUACAGCCACCAACCUCUGAGCACAGGACCGCUCGCCCUCCCCUUUCAACGACCCGAUCCGCGAUGCCGAACCUUCAAGUCGGACGAGAUCGAGCGUGUCAUCAAGGAGAUGACGUCGAGGAUGAAGAACCCCGACCUCGCGAGACUCUUCGAAAACACCUUCCCGUCGACGACGGAUACGACGGUCAAGUUUCACACAAAGGGCCACGACACGGGCACCGUCCCCGCCACGAGCUCUCGUUUCCUUUGGGACGAAGGAGCCUGGCAAGGGCCCCAAUCGUUCAUCAUUACCGGCGACAUUGUUGCCGAGUGGCUGCGUGACUCGACGAACCAGCUACGUCCGUACCAGGCACUGGCCAAGAAAGACCCGGCCAUCUUCGACCUGCUCCUGGGGGCCAUCAACACCCAGUCCGAGUACGUCAUCGAGUCUCCUUAUUGCAACGCCUUCCAGCCUCCUCCGAUCAGCAACCUGUCGGGCACGUCCAACGGGCAGGAUGACGUUGUUCACCCCAUGUACGAGCCGAGUUCCGUCUUCGAGUGCAAGUACGAGCUCGAUUCCCUCGCUCAUUUUCUCGCUCUCGCCAACGACUUUUACGAACACACGGGGUCGACGACCUUCCUCAACGAUCGAUGGUUUCUCGCCCUAGCAGGCCUCGUCGAGGUGCUCGAACAGCAAUCUCGGCCCACGUUUGAUCCGGAAUCCGGACGGCAAAGCCGAAACCACUACACCUUCCAACGGUGGACAAACACCGGCACCGAGACCCUAAACCUCCAAGGCAUCGGCAAUCCGCUCAACGGCGGCACAGGCUUGGUGCGGUCCGCGUUCCGCCCGAGCGACGACGCCACCAUCCUCGGCUUCUUCAUCCCGGCGAACGCGAUGAUGUCGGUGGAGCUUCACCGGACGUCGAAGCUGCUCAAGGCCGUGGGCAAGGAGUCGUCUUCCGAAGCACUUCAAAAAUGGAGCGAGAAGCUCCGAGCAGGCAUCAUGGAGCAUGGUGUGGUCAAGCACAAAAAAUACGGCGACGUUUUUGCCUACGAGGUGGAUGGAUAUGGCUCGUCCAUCUUGAUGGAUGACGCCAACUACCCCUCGCUCUUGGCUCUUCCGGUAAUGGGCUUCUGCGACGUCACGGACGCCAUCUACCAGAACACGAGAAGAAUGAUACUCGACAGGACGGGCAAUCCGUACUACCUCCAAGGACAGGAAUUCAGAGGAAUUGGCGGACCCCACAUCGGCCUACGAAAUGCAUGGCCGAUGAGCUUGUUGAUUCAGGCGCAGACGUCCGAUGACGACAAUGAGAUCAAGGAAUGCCUCGAAUUUGUCCUCAACUCGUCCAGGCUGGGGCUGAUACACGAGAGCGUUGACAUAAACUACCCAAGGCAGUACACGCGCAGCUGGUUUGCAUGGGCCAACGGUGUCUUUGCCUUUACGAUACUUGACUUGGCCAAGAGGAAGCCACACCUGAUUUUUGGGGAGGGAGCGGCGCCGUAUCAAGUUUGA